AUGCAUUCUGUUGCGAAGAAGUUUUUUCUCGCUUUCUUCCUGCUGUGUGUACCGACUCACGCGGCUACGCAUAAGCAGCAAGAAUCGUCGCCGUUCGCUCCUAACCUCUGCGCUAUUGACACAAAGGCUACAAUUUCUGAUACAUGUGCGUCAUAUGAUACAAUUGAUUCGCUGAACGAUGAGAUUCACCCCCUUCUCACCUCUGUCACCCGUGACACCGACUUCUUUUCAUACUAUCGACUAAACCUGUUCAACAAAAUGUGCCCGUUUUGGCAAGAUGAAAACAGCAUGUGCGGUAAUAUUGCGUGUGCGGUAAACACAAUUGACUCCGAGGAAGACUUGCCGCCGGUAUGGCGAGUGGAGGAACUCAGCAAGUUGGAAGGGCCGCGUGUUGGCCACCCCGGACGACAACAGCAAAGAGAACGCCCUAGACGGCGGCCUCUACAAGGUGGCUUGGGCGAAGACGUUGGAGAAAGUUGUGUUCUUGAAUAUGACGACGAGUGUGACGAACGAGAUUACUGCAUUCCUGAAGACGAGGGGGCUUUGGCCAAGGGUGACUACGUCAGUUUGAUAGAUAAUCCGGAGCGGUUCACGGGAUAUGCUGGUCUGGGAGCACACCAAGUUUGGGAUUCUAUCUAUCGAGAGAAUUGUUUCGUGAAACCAUCGUCGUCGCUGUCUUCUCAGCUGUCACCUCUUCACGGUUCGCAAGAGCAGGCUGCCAAUGAUUUCCGCAAUGUACUACUUCACAAGGAGCAACCACAACCAGACGAUGAGUGCAUUGAGAAGCGGGUCUUCCACAGGAUUAUUAGUGGGAUGCAUGCCUCGAUUUCUACCCAUCUUUGCUGGGAGUAUUUCAACCAGACGACAGACGAAUGGGGCCCGAAUGUGCAAUGUUAUAAAGACCGGCUUCACAACCACCCGGAACGCAUAUCGAAUCUGUAUUUCAACUAUGCCCUGGUGUCCCGCGCCGUUGCAAAGCUUCAAAAUCAUCUUCAGAAAUAUAACUUCUGCUCAUUCGAUCCUGAUCAGGACCUCGACACCAAGCAAAAAGUUUUGUCGCUUACAAACGCACUGCAAAACCGUCCUCCAAUCUUUGACGAGGCUGUCAUGUUUCAAGAUGAGAAUGCUAUCGAUCUUAAAGAAGAUUUCCGCAAUCGGUUCCGCAAUGUCAGUCGCCUGAUGGACUGCGUUGGGUGCGACAAGUGCCGCUUAUGGGGCAAAAUACAAGUCAAUGGCUACGGAACCGCUCUCAAGGUUUUAUUCGACUACGACGAGACGAAGGACGGCGAAAAUCCGCCGUUGCGUCGCACUGAACUUGUUGCUCUUAUCAACACAUACGCUCGCAUUUCCAACAGUCUUGCUGCCGUGCGUAGUUUCAGACAGGCCGUGGAAUCGGGUCACGAGGAUCGCCUAGUGAUUCACCCAGAGGUCUCCUCGUCACCGUUCCCAGCCAAACUUCGCGAUUCCGAAAAGCUUGUUCGGUACUACAAGGAUGGUAUAUCCAAUAUAUAUAUUGAAGACGACGACGAUGAUUACGGUUAUGAAGACGAACAUCUCCCCUGGAAACGUCAAGGCAACCCGGAGUCAGUUGUCGAGAUCUUUUGGCAAGAGUGGAAUAUGUUCUGGGGUACAUAUAUGUGGGUUUUGAAGAGCUGGCUGGCGGUACCUCGUCUUCUAUGGCAACUCUUUGUUUUCGAAACCAACCGUUUAUGGAAUUACUGGCUAGGGUUGCCAGUGCCUCAACGGCAGUGGAAGAUCCAGCUUCCUCGUCCCCCGCGUGAUGAGCUGUAG